AUGCUCACGCUGCAUCCAGGAAAGCGGCCGAAGGCUGCGACUCUCCUUGCUCUCUUCAACGACGUUUACAGGGAUAUCCUCAAGGAUUUCGCCGAGGAGCCCCCCGCCUUUCGCGGAGCUGCAUGCGCAACAAUUUACACAGACACGGCUGCAGUCGCAGCUUCAGCAGCCCCUCACUGCGCCGCUUCCCCCCGCACGGAUAGACUUGCUGCAGCGAUUGCAAAGCAACAGCAAGAGGAGCAGCAACAGCAAAUGCAGCAAGAGGAGCAGCAACAGCAAGAGGAGCAGCAAGAGCAAAUGCAGCAAGAGGAGCAGCAACAGCAAGAGGAGCAGCAAGAGCAAGAGGAGCAGCAACAACAAGAGGAGUUGCAACAACAAGAGGAGCAGCAACAGCAAGAGGAGGUGCAACAGCAAGAGGAGCAGCAAAAGCAACAACAAAAGCAACAACAAAAGCAACAACAAAAGCAACAACAAAAGCAACAACAAAAGCAACAACAAAAGCAACAACAAAAGCAACAACAAAAGCAGCAACAGCAACAAAAGCAACAGCUGCAGCAGUGGCCGUCUGCGUAUGGCGGGUACGAAGAAGGGCAGUCGCAUACUGAGACUUUGUCGUUCGAUGUGAAAGCGCAUGCCGUGGGAGGUGUAGCUGCAGCGGCUGCCUUAGCCGUCGUGGUGGACGCAUUGCCUGUCUCUGCGGUGCAUGCACCUGGCUAG